CAUGCUGCGCGUCUCCGUCCCCGCCGCAGCAACGCCCGCGCACGCGCCGGGGACCGGAGCGGCGAGCAGCGUGCAGGGCCAGCUCGGCUACGGCGUCGCCAUCGCCGUCGGCGCCCUCGUGCUCGUCUCCACCGUCAUGCUCGCCUCCUACAUCUGCUUCCGCGCCAAGGCCCGCGCCGCGGGGUCGCUUCAUCGACUGGUCGACGCCGACACCCACCAUCACCAGUCCGCCGCCGUCGUAGUGCUGGCGGGCCUCGACGGCCCCACCAUCGACGUGCUCUACCCCAAGUUCCUCCUGCGCGCUGGCUCGCGUGACAGCAAAUCGGGCGCGAGCGCGACGGUGGCAGACGGGCCAUGCGCCAUCUGCCUCGGGGAGUUCCAUGGCGUUGCGGCGCUCCGGCGCGGGUCCCGGUGCGCGCACUGCUUCCACGCGGGGUGCGCCGAACGGUGGCUGCGCGUGAGCGCCACCUGCCCCGUGUGCCGCGACUCGCCCGUGCCGUCGCCGGCCGCCACAGCCCUCGCCGCCCACGCUCGGUGA